AUGGUUCUGGGGUUGAAGGCAACAAAGAGCCGCAGAAAUCCCUCUUUCCAUGUUGAUUAUUUGAUCCACAUUCAGGAGAUCAAGCCCUGGCCUCCAUCUCAAUCUCUAAGGACAGUUCGUGCGGUUCUGAUUCAGUGGGAACAUGGGGAUAGGAAUUCCGGCUCCACUAAACAAGUUGCGCCUUCACUGGGGUCAGGUUCAGGUGUUGGAGAUGGGAGAAUCGAAAUCAAUGAUUCUUUUAGGCUUCCUGUGACACUGGCGAGAGAACAACUGUCUGCCAGAGGCGGGAAUGGUGGAGACACCUUUCUGAAGAAUUGCAUUGAGUUCAGUCUUUACGAGCAGCGGAGGGAUAAGACGGUGAAAGGAUUGCUCGGUUCUGCUGUUGUAGACUUGGCUGAAUAUGGUGUUCUUAGAGAAUCUAUAAGCAUAAGCGUGCCUAUUAAUUGUAAGCGCACGUAUGGAAAUGCUUCCCAGCCAGUCCUUUAUUUGAGAAUCCAGUCUGUAGGGAAGAGUCGAAUGAUCUCAUCGUCAAGGGAUUCCCUGAUGCGAGAAGCUUCUAUGGACAGAAACGGUGUGGACUCGGUUUCAGCAUUGAUGAGUGAAGAGUAUGCAGAGGAAGCAGAGACUGCAUCACUUACGGAUGACGAUAUUUCUUCCCACUCAUCACUGGUUGUUUCUUCUUCAACACUAGAAUCACAUGGAGGUUCGCCAUUUCAAAACAAAGAGAAAGAAUCAGAAGAAAUGAAGACCAGCGCAGAACAGGCAGAAGAUGUAUGUAGUCCUGUUUUGGAGAAACAGCUUCUCAAACCAGAUGACCAAUUCACUACUUCAAACUCAAGCUCCAAAGGGACUUCCUCUCGAUCUUCAUCGAUAGAUUUAACGUCUGAUUUGGCAUGGAUUACAAAGAAGAUCGGUGGUCAGGGAAGUAAGUUCUCGUCAUCAACGCAUGAAGUUGCAGAAAAAGAAAACUCUGAGAUGAGGACUACUUUCACUGAUGGACCUUGUGAUAUUGGGGAAAAUUUAUUAAACAAUGGAAGCAAUGACACCCUUAAUCGUGCGAGAGAGAGCAGUGAGGUCUUAGUGACCAGUUCAGUUUCAAAUCUCAACGGAGAUGAUUCUUUGGGAUCUGCAAACUUGUUCCAUGCUCAGAUCAGCGGAGAUGAUGAAGAUAAUGCCGCGGUUCCUAACAUGAAAGGAAUGCACGGGUCUGACUUUACCAGGAAUGGUUCUCUUGAUGGUGGAAAAUAUGAGAAGUACCAAGAAACUGGAAAACAAAGAGAAGUUGUGGAUGAGAUGGGUCAAUGCACAGAAGAUGAUCCAAUAUAUAGUUCAUUUGGAUUUGAUUCAACAACCCAGGCUUCCUUGGACAGUGAUGCUUUUUUGGCUAGUAGGAACAGUAUAGCUAUGCAGAGUAGUUCUCAGAACAAUGAUAAGCAUAGUAACAAACAAGUGAAGUCAGUUCGGUCGCCAAUAGAGUCACAUAGGAGCAAUGGUUUGGGCCGAGCUAACGCAUCAACUUCGGGUGAGGUCCAAACCCCCUUUCAAGGAUUUACUAGCAAUGGGAAAAAGGAUAACAAAUUUCAUCCAAAAGAGACAAGAAACCUAAUUUCAGAAACUCAAAUCAAGCAAUUGGAACAAAGAAUGAAGAAUCUAGAAACUGAGCUUCGUGAGGCUGCUGCCAUUGAGGUUGGUCUAUAUGCUGUGGUUGCUGAGCAUGGGAGCUCUGCAAAUAAGGUCCACGCACCAGCUCGACGACUGUCUAGGUUUUAUCUUCAUGCAAGAAAAGCAAAACCUCAAUCACAGAGUGCAAGUGCAGCUAAAAGUGCUAUAUCUGGAUUGGUUUUAGUUGCAAAAGCUUGUGGCAAUGAUGUCCCUAGAUUGACGUUUUGGUUAUCAAAUGCCAUUGUGCUGAGAGCAAUUAUUAGCGAAUCUCUUGGGGAACACCGAUCACCUAAUGGGAUGAGGAAUCGGAGCAAGAUUUCUUCUCCACUUAAGUGGCAAUCCCUUGGAACCAAGGGCAUUAAAAGUAAUCUUCAUGAAAUUGCAAAUGAUUGGGACAACCCUUAUACAUUUCAAACUGCUCUUGUAAAAGUUGAGUCUUGGAUAUUUUCGCGUAUCAUUGAGUCCAUUUGGUGGCAGACACUCACUCCAUGUAUGCAGUCCGGUGCUGCAAAUGUAAUCCAUAAGGGUCCUAUUAUUGGCUCCCACAAAACAUUUCAAAGGACUUCCAGCUCAUUUGAUGAAGAACUAGGAACUUUUUCUUUGGAACUCUGGAAAGAAGCUUUUAGGGAUGCCUGUGAGAGAAUUUGUCCUGUUCGUGCUGAAGGACACGAGUGUGGGUGCUUGCCUGUGCUUUCUAGAUUGGUUAUGGAGCAAUGUGUAGCUAGAUUGGAUGUGGCAAUGUUCAACGCUAUUCUUCGUGAAUCCGUUGACGAUAUUCCAACCGACCCUGUGUCUGACCCUAUCAGUGAUGCCAAAGUUCUCCCAAUUCCGGUUGGGAAGGCCAGCUUUGGCGCCGGGGCUCAACUGAAAAAUGCUAUUGGGAAUUGGUCAAGGUGGCUGACUGACCUCUUUGGUAUUGAUGAUGAUGAUGUGGAUGGUACAUAUGAACAUAGUGAUGAUGAGAGUAGUGGCCAAGAUUCAUCCUUGAAAUCUUUUAACCUUCUCAAUGCACUGAGUGAUCUCAUGAUGCUACCGAAAGAUAUGCUUUUAAGUAGGACGAUCCGAAAGGAGGUAUGUCCAACAUUUGGCACGUCACUUAUUAGAAGGGUUCUAAACUCUUUCGUGCCAGAUGAGUUUUGUCCGGAACCAGUUCCUAAAGUUGUGCUUGAAGCUCUAAACUCAGAGGAUUCUAAUGAUUCCGGAGAAGAAAAUUCCAUCGUAGACUACCCUUGCAGUGCUGCUCCAAUAGUUUAUCUUCCACCUUCAGCAGCUUCAGUAAAUGGCAUCUUAGGAGGAGAUGCUGGUGGUAGUAGCCAUUAUCGACUGACAAGAAAAGGGUCUUUGUUACUCACAGAAUCAUAUGCCAGUGAUGACGAACUUGAUGAAUUGGCUUCGCCUUUGAGCUCUAUCUUCGCUGACGGCAUCCAGAGUUCGUCAUCUCAAGCAAAGACGAUAACAUGGACACCAGGAGAAGGUGGUGCCGUGAGGUAUCAACUCCUUAGAGAGGUGUGGAAGAACAGCAAUCCCUUAUAA